UAAACCUAGGGAACAGGCUAAUACUCUCCUAUAUAUAAAUAGGGACAUAAUCAUCAGGUUCUCACAAGUCACAACACACAAAUAAAAAAGCAGAGAGUACUUUUAUCGAGCUGUUAGCAGAAUAAUGUUGGAUAUCAAUCUGUUUCGAGAAGAGAAGGGGAACAAUCCGGAGAUCAUCCGAGAUUCUCAACGGAAGAGAUUCGCCAGUGUUGAUCUCGUCGACGAGAUUAUCGAGCUCGACAAAGAAUGGCGUCAGCGUCAAUUUGAAGUAGAUAAUUUGCGCAAGGAGCUCAACAAGCUGAACAAGCAAAUCGCCAAGCUCAAAAUCUCUAGUGCUGAUGCGACGGAGCUGAUUCAGCAAACAGAGAAGAACAAAGAAGAUUAUUCUACGAAGGAGAAGGAAGUUGGUGAAGCAUGUGAUGUUUUGAAAGACAAACUGAAGGAGGUUGGCAAUCUCAUCGACGACUCUGUUCCAGUUUUUGAAGAUGAGAAAGAUAACCCUGUGAUUGAUUUUUGGGGUGAUAAGCGGGUUGCUCCGCCUGGUCAGAAGCUGAAGAACCAUGUGGAUCUCGUUGAGCUUCUCGACAUUGUAGAUACUAAGAGAGGUGCUGAGAUUGCUGGAGGAAGAGGCUUUUUCCUUAAAGGAGAUGGUGUGCUACUUAACCAGGCUCUGAUCAGCUUUGGGCUAGACUUCUUGAAGGAUAGAGAGUUCACAUUAUUGCAACCUCCUUUUUUCAUGAGGAAGGAAGUCAUGGCCAAGUGUGCACAGUUGGCUCAGCAUGAUGAACAACUAUACAAGGUGACUGGUGCUGGGGAUGAUAAAUACCUUAUUGCAACUGCUGAGCAACCUCUUUGUGCAUACCAUAUGGAUGAAUGGAUCGAUCCCAAGGAGCUUCCCAUAAAAUAUGCUGGUUACUCGACCUGCUUUAGAAAAGAAGCUGGUUCCCAUGGAAGAGAUUCACGUGGCAUUUUCCGUGUUCACCAGUUUGAGAAAAUUGAACAGUUUUGCAUCACUAGCCCUAACGACAAUGCUUCGUGGAAAAUGAUGGAGGAGAUGAUGGAGAACUCUAAAAAAUUUUACCAAGAGCUAAAAAUUCCAUACCGAGUCGUGUCGAUUGUCUCUGGAGCAUUGAACGAUGCAGCUGCAAAGAAGUAUGACUUGGAAGCUUGGUUUCCUUCGUCAGAGACUUACAGAGAGCUUGUGUCUUGUUCCAACUGUACAGACUACCAAGCUCGAAGGCUUGAUAUCAGAUACGAUCAGAAAAAGGAGGUACAAGCUCUCCAGCAGUAUGUGCAUAUGCUGAAUUCGACUCUUACUGCGACUGAGAGGACCCUUUGCUGCAUCCUCGAGAACUACCAGCGUGAAGAUCGUGUGGACAUCCCUGAGGCUUUGCAGCGUUUUAUGGGCGGACGAACGUUUUUGCCCUUCAAGGCAAAAAAAACUUAA